UGCAGCGGUCGAGCCGGGGCUCUGCAGGCCGCGAGCUGGCCUCGUCCCGGGCCGGGCGCCCAGCAGGCCGAGGCCACACCCCGCGGGCCGAGUCGCUUCCCUCCGGGUGAAUCAUCGCCCGCCCCGGAGGCCUCCGCAGUCCGCUGCAGCGCGCCGGGCCCUCGCCGCGCCCCAGCCGAGCGCAGCGCCCAGCCGCCCCGACCCCGCUCCCCGCGCAGCACCAUGGCGGGCAUCGCGGCCAAGCUGGCCAAGGACCGGGAGGCGGCCGAGGGGCUGGGGUCGCACGAGAGAGCAGUCAAGUACCUCAACCAGGACUACGAGGCUCUGCGGAACGAGUGCCUGGAGGCCGGGACGCUCUUUCAGGACCCUGCCUUCCCAGCCGGCCCAUCGUCCCUGGGCUUCAAGGAGUUGGGACCCUACUCCAGCAAAACUCGGGGAAUCGAAUGGAAGCGACCCACGGAGAUCUGCGCUGAUCCCGAAUUUAUUGUUGGAGGAGCUACCCGCACAGACAUCUGUCAGGGAGCCCUGGGGGACUGCUGGCUGCUGGCAGCCAUUGCCUCUCUCACCUUGAAUGAAGAAGUACUGGCUCGAGUGGUCCCCGGCAACCAGAGCUUCCAGGAGAACUAUGCAGGGAUCUUCCACUUCCAGUUCUGGCAGUAUGGUGAGUGGGUAGAGGUGGUAGUGGAUGACAGGCUGCCCACCAAGGAUGGGGAGCUGCUCUUUGUGCAUUCGGCUGAGGGAAGUGAGUUCUGGAGUGCUCUGCUGGAGAAGGCCUACGCCAAGAUCAAUGGCUGUUAUGAAGCGCUCUCAGGGGGCGCUACCACUGAGGGCUUCGAAGACUUCACUGGAGGCAUCGCUGAGUGGUAUGAGUUGAAGAAAGCCCCUGCCGACCUGUUCAAGAUCAUCCAGAAGGCUCUGCAAAAAGGCUCUCUCCUCGGCUGCUCCAUCGAUAUCACCAGCGCCGCGGACUCCGAAGCCAUCACGUUCCAGAAGCUGGUGAAGGGGCACGCGUACUCGGUCACCGGAGCCGAGGAGGUUGAAAGUAAUGGAAGCCUGCAGAAACUGAUCCGCAUCCGAAAUCCCUGGGGAGAAGUGGAGUGGACAGGGAGGUGGAAUGACAACUGCCCUAAUUGGAACACUGUAGACCCAGAUGUGAAGGAAAGGCUGACCAGACGGCAUGAAGAUGGAGAAUUCUGGAUGUCCUUUAGUGACUUUCUGAGGCACUAUUCCCGCCUGGAGAUCUGCAACCUCACCCCAGACACCCUCACCAGCGACACCUACAAGAAAUGGAAACUCACCAAGAUGGAUGGGAGCUGGAGGCGGGGCUCCACAGCAGGAGGCUGCAGGAACUACCCAAACACGUUCUGGAUGAACCCUCAGUACCUGAUCAAGCUGGAGGAGGAAGAUGAGGACCAGGAAGACGGAGAGAGUGGCUGCACCUUCCUGGUGGGGCUCAUCCAGAAGCACCGGCGGCGGCAGAGGAAGAUGGGCCAGGACAUGCACACCAUCGGCUUUGGCAUCUACGAGGUUCCGGAGGAGUUUAGCGGGCAGACCAACAUCCACCUCAGCAAAAAAUUCUUCCUGACCACACGGGCCAGGGAGCGGUCCGACACCUUCAUCAACCUCCGGGAGGUGCUCAACCGCUUCAAGCUGCCUCCAGGAGAGUAUAUCCUGGUGCCUUCCACUUUUGAGCCCAACAAGGACGGGGAUUUCUGCAUCCGAGUCUUCUCUGAAAAGAAAGCUGACUACCAAGCUGUUGAUGAUGAAAUCGAGGCCAACCUUGAAGAGAUGGACGUCAGUGAGGAUGACAUCGAUGACAGCUUCAGGAAGCUGUUUGCCCAGUUGGCAGGGGAGGAUGCGGAGAUCUCUGCCUUUGAGUUGCAGACCAUCCUGAGAAGAGUCCUAGCAAGGCGCCAAGAUAUCAAAUCCGAUGGCUUCAGCAUUGAGACCUGCAAGAUCAUGGUUGAUAUGCUAGAUUCGGAUGGCAGCGGCAAGCUGGGGCUGAAGGAGUUCUACAUUCUCUGGACGAAGAUUCAGACGUACCAAAAAAUUUACCGGGAAAUCGACGUAGACAGGUCUGGUACCAUGAAUUCCUAUGAAAUGCGGAGAGCGUUAGAAGCAGCAGGUUUCAAGCUGCCCUGUCAACUUCACCAGGUCAUCGUUGCUCGGUUUGCAGAUGACCAGCUCAUCAUCGACUUUGACAAUUUUGUUCGGUGUUUGGUUCGCCUGGAAACUCUAUUCAAGAUAUUUAAGCAGCUGGAUCCUGAGAAAACUGGAACUAUACAGCUGGACCUUAUCUCUUGGCUCUGUUUUUCAGUACUUUGAAGUUGUAACUAAUGUGCUCCAAGAUGUCUCCAGACAGAAAAUCAGCCACGGACUAAGCUUCCACAGAGAAACACUUUGUAUCUGAACCUUGAAAUUAGGGGAACAUUUACUUAACUGAUGAUUAUAGCUGAAAAUAAUGCUACUGUCCAUUGGAGAUAGAACUUUCACAUAAAGAAAGAUUUGCCUAUCAUUAUACUAAAUGAAAGUGAGUCGCUUAACCCUUGAUAAGCUCAAAGAAAGCUUUAAAUCUGUAAAUAGUACAUACUUUUUAACUUUUCCAAACUUUCCUGUUUAUAGCAAUAUUAAACCAGGAAAAAAAUGCGGGGAGGCAUUUAACAACGGAGCAAACAUCAAGUCAAUCUCCAAGGACACAGGCCCUUGUUGGGAAUAUUUAAAGCAACUUCAAGUUUAGAAAUGUAGGUGUUGCAUCUACCAAACAGCAGCCCAGGUAUUAUGGUUUCCCUUGAGCAAACCAAGGGAAACCAGGUAAUAUAAUGCAGUAUGAAAUAAAUCUUGUCAAGGCAUCUAAGGAAUCCAGGAGAGAAAGCAUGUCUCUGUCAUUUGGUUAAACAAGAGACAGGUUUUAUUCAAUAUUGAUUGGUAACAGUAAAUCACUCCUCCUAGACCUCGACCAUUAUCUUAUGCAUUUCACCUUAUUAAUACUAGAAAGAGUCUGCUCUUGAUCAGCUGAAGCAGCACCCUAAAACCAGGACUCCAACUUGCAAACCAACUACAAUAAAGGACAAAUCAAGCUGUUGCCGCCUCAAAACUUUAUGAACGUGACCCUCUCCAGUAUUUGUCCAUGGAAUUAGGGGGACAUCCCUGGAGUGCUUGUGGAAAUGGCCCAAGCUUGUUUCCUGGCUUUACCUUGGGAAAAUGCAAGCAACACUCUAAAAACAUUGCCUUGUUGCCUUAUCUUGUCCCAAAUGUACUGUUAAAUAAAGAGUUACCCCAGGCAGUCA